UAUGCUAAUGCCUCCUGUGCUCUCACUGGGUUUCACUGAGUGUGCAGCAACUCUACGAAGUCAGUUCUGCAGUUUCUCCCCUUUUCCUGAAGUUUUUACGUUAGGUGACUCAGAACCACUAAGUACUAAAUGGCAGUCAUUCCUCACCUUGUAGCUAAGCCCAUGUCAUUGUACUAUGGGAAGUCACUUUUCCACACACAGACAGCAGAGGGCCUGAGAGGGUAAGAACCAUGGUCACCCUACUUCCUAUUUUAGUCGAGAUGAUUUUCUACAUUAUAUUCUCUUAUUAACGUAUUUAUUAUGAUGCAUAUUCUCAAGUAAUACUGACCCAUGUAUAGUCAGGUACUGUACUAAAUUGAUAUAAAAUUACUGGAUAUUCUUAGCUUUGAGUGAGAAUGGGGUUUAGAAUUUUUUAAUGGAAUUAUCAAUCACUUGAUUUGAGUAUUUCAAUCAAGCAGAAGAAGUCUGUCUCCCAUGCGCUAUUAAAAAUUGAGCUCAUGACUACCGUCUGGUUUUGCUUUUAGAGGAGCCAGAGGUUAUAGUCUGUGACCUCAUGUAGAAAAUAGCCACCGAUGAGCUAUCCAGGAUCGUUUUUAGUUCUUUAAUUUUGGCAAGCGCACAUUUUCAAAGCCGAAAAAGCACAGGGAGGCUCCAAACUCACAAAGCAGAGCUGGAGAGCUUUAAUGGAGGACGGUUGAGGAGGUUAGCGUUCACCUGAAAGCUUUGGUUGCUGCCUUUUCAGAAACUUCUUCCCGUCCGAUUCACUGUCGUUCAGGGUGUCGUUGUAUUCUCUUGAUGUCCCGUUGGCAGAUUGCUAAAAUGCUACCUUUCCCCUGUCAUUUUCAAGAAAGAAGUAGAAGUAUGCCACUUUCCCUCCUGUAACUUUGAAGAAACAUGAACUUAACAGGUGAUGUUUUGUACGGACACUUUGGAAAGUUUGUUUCUUCUCUCUGAGGCCCUUUGUUCUCUAUGGAGAACUGGUAAAAGGAUGAAGCAUGCAUGGAUAAAAUGGAUCGUCUUAAAGGAUUGCAGCUCCAAAAAUACAUUAGCAGGACUGGGCAGGUUUGACAUAAUGAGAUUCCUAUUUUAGCUUGACUUCUGGAACUCUGAGGAACUAUAAAUUGAGCCGCACAAGACCCUAGGAAGGAGGCGCCUCUUUUAAUCGCUUACAGGCUCUGCUUUCAGACUUUGAAAGAUACGUCAAGUUGUCAGUUUCCUAAAGAGUUAGCCUACUGAUACUUACCAGCUUUAAUACAAGAAAUGAUAGAUAGAAAGCCCUGGUCCACAUCGCACUGAAAGCCAAAACCAGUCACAGCAACUUGUACCAGGAGCUCAGAGAGGGGGCUGAGAUGGCCGAGGCUCCUGUGGAUGCGGCGACUCAGCCAGUAACUGGGAAGAAAAAGAAGAGUCUGUCCAUCGAGGAAAAGAUUGACAUCAUAAAUGCAGUGGAGAGUGGCAAGAAAAAGGCCGAGAUUGCAGCUGAAUAUGGAAUAAAGAAAAAUUCUUUGUCUUCCAUUAUGAAAAACAAAGACAAAGUUCUGGAAGCCUUUGAGUCUCUGAGAUUUGAUCCGAAGAGAAAAAGACUGAGGACGGCCUUUUAUACGGAUCUGGAAGAGGCAUUGAUGAGAUGGUAUCGGAUUGCCCAGUGUCUCAAUGUUCCCGUUAAUGGGCCAAUGUUACGCCUAAAAGCUAACGAUUUUGCUCAGAAGCUGGGACACAAUGACUUUAAGUGCAGCAAUGGUUGGUUGGAUCGUUUCAAGUCCAGGUACGGCUUAGUAUUCCGAGCACAGCCCGUAGAAGCCACAGGUAUAUCUACAGACCCUGCCACUGUCUGGUACCAAAACGUGCUGCCUUAUUACUUAAAUGAUUAUCAUCCUAAGAAUGUUUUCAGUGUAAAAGAGACCGGACUGCUUUAUCGAAUGCUACCUACAAACACAUUUGCUUAUAAAGGAGAGACUUGCUCAGUGGGAAAGCUGUGCAAAGACAGGGUAACGCUGGCAGUCGGAACAAACAUGGACGGCUCAGAGAAGCUUCCUUUGCUCGUUAUUGGGAAAAACCGAACUCCACGUUGUUUCAAAGGCAUAAAGUCCCUGCCUGUGUAUUAUGAAGCGAACAGAACGGCGUGGAUGACUGCAGCCAUAUUCGAACAGUGGAUGCAUCAGCUCGACGAGAAAUUUCAAGCCCAGCAACGAAGAGUGGUGAUUUUUGUUGAUUCUUGCCCCGCACAUCCAGAGGUGAAAAACCUAAAGUCCAUUGAGUUAGCAAUCUUCCCAUCGUGCCUGUCUUCCGGGCUUGUCGCUAUGAAACAAGGUGUUAUUAAAAGCCUGAAAAUCAAAUAUCGGCACUAUCUUAUCAAGAAAUUUUUAAGUUCUGUUGAAAGUAGCAAAGAAUUUACAUUUUCUCUACUAGAUGCGGUUGAUACGUUGCAUCUGUGCUGGAGAGCCAUAACCCCAGAGACCAUUGUGAAAAGCUAUGAAGAGGCAGGAUUCAGGUCUCCAGCGCAGGAAACCGACGCUCCCAGUGCAGAGAGUGAAGCUGCCACUCUUGACCUGGCUGCCCCUGCUCUGGGGGCAGGGAUGGAGCUUCCUGAAGGUUUGUCCAUAGAGGAGUAUGCUGCCCUGGACGAGGAUCUGGAGACCUGCGAAGCCACCCCAAAUGAUGAUGAGGAGUGUACCAAAGAAAGUAAACAAGAUGAAACUGGUUUUUAUGCUUCUGAUGAAGAGGAGGAUGACAGCGGAGCUCUAGAAGCGGACCCGCCCUUACCAUCCAAGAACGACGCAAUCGAAGCUAUAGGAACCCUUAAAAAGUUCCUUAGAAGUCACGAUAUGAACGAUGAACUUCACGAUUCUUUAGCAGACCUUGAAAACUUUAUUAAUGCUCUGUCACCUAAAUAGUCGUGUAUUAUACAUCUGCGGAGUAGGAACUUUGCCUGCUGUAUCUUAUUACAUAAGGAAUGUAAAAGGAAAGUAUCGAUUAAAUAAGGAAAGAGAGAACCUAAUAAUCCUUUCUAAUUGCGACGCCUUUGAUCUGAAUAGCAAGGCUCCCUGGUAAAUAAUGACUAAGUAAAACUGCAAAGUUCUGCUGAGCAGGUUUGGGGAGAGUAAACUGCACUCAGAGGCUUUGUACUUCACAGGGACACAGGUCUGGGUGAAAGAACUCUUCAGCCGGCCGACUCACAUGCAUGAAAUUGCUGGUUUCCAUUUUCUUUGUUUUUAAGUUCAGAUCAUGUUCUAGAAUAUUUUACGUUAUCUAUGUAGUCUAAGAAACAAAAAUAACUUGUUUUUAUUGUAACCUGCCUGUGCACCAAGACGAUGCACCAUGUAUCUCUGCUGCUUUCAAGUUACUUGUCAGAUUAAGUCAGAUGAAAAGCCAGUGUUCUGCAGGGCUUCCUGUCUUCUGGGACCAGGAGAUGCAGGUCCUUCUGGUAUAAUAGUGUGUGCUUGUUCAAUGGGAAGACACAUGAAGGAAACACUGAUGAAACUCAUGUAUAUAUUUGGAUGUGGUUAACUCUCGAGCCAAUUGAAGAUGCACACAGAGUUACCAAAAAGAAAAUUAUGCUGCCUGUUUUUUUUUAAAAAAAAAUUUGCAACAGCUCGGCUUUUAAUCUAAUUUUGCUGAAUUUUAUUUUCAGCAUAUUGUGAUAUUAAUUAUCUUCCUUCAAUUUUUUCUUCUCUAAAAUUUUUUAUUAAAGUUGUUAGAGAAAGCUUUAUCUAAAUAUUACAUUAAAAUACUGCAGUAAAUUACCCAACUACCAUCUAAAAAUAGCUUCUAUGUGAGGUUUUAACAUUAUGUCAGUUUUUCUACAGUUCAGUUUUAAGUAGCAUAUUUAUUUAACUUAUUAUGCCUAUUUUAGCUCCCCUUGUAAAGUAUUUCAUAAAAAUACAAAGCAUAAUGAUUUUUUGUAAACUAUUAAUCUGCCAAUUAUACAAUUAGAAAUUACAUGGUUAGAAGAAAAUAAUUGAACAAAGCAUUUUAUUUUCUAUUGCUGAUUUACUCUGCUCUGAGAUUUAGUAAUAGUUGAGUCUUAAAAUGUAUUAAUAUUUUAGAGGUUUCUUCUAUUAUUAAACAUGGACUAUUUAAAUUAAAAAGCAUUUUGUGAUUUGAUAUGUAAUUUUAAUUUGGCUCAAUCAUGGACCUAAAAGAGUUCUUGACAUCCCAUUUGUCUCUCAAGAGAAAAUUACUUAUAGUUAGUCUGGUCUAAAAAUAAAUGUUUUA